UCACUCUUUAGUUGCUCUGCGCCACAAACUUAAGCACAGAAUCAUGGCUGAAGGCUAUGGUAGAGCCGCCGCCUGGCUGCAGAUACAAAGUCUGUUGAACAGCAUUAAUCAUAUGCUAAUUUUCUUGGUGGCCACCUUUUUCUUUGUCCUGGCACGCAGCCUGGACUUCAAGGAGACGGCAAUGCACAUGUUCCUGACAGGCGUGGGUUUCCACGUCCUAAUCGCCCAAGCUAUGAUGUCACACUACAAGGUUAACCGCAUAACCCGCUGGCUGUCGCACCGCAACAAGUCGCGCUUGCAUGGCAUUCUGCAAAUCCUUGGUGGCUCCAUGGUACUACUGGGGGGACUGGGAAAGUUCUCCAGCAAGGAUGUUCACUUCAACACUUGGCACGGACGCGUGGGCGCCGCGGCAACCUUCUUCUGCGCAGCCAGCAUUGUGGGCGGUCUGGCCAACUAUUUCCAGCCAAAGUUGGCCCUCAAGCUGUUCCCCCCCUCAGAGCUGCGCUUCCGCCAUAAUCUCUUCGGCCUGGUCACCUAUACGCUAGGCAUGGGCGCCAUCUACCUGGGCUACUACUCGAAGUUCUUCACGAAACAUGUGGACAAUGAUUUUAUUCCUGGGAUGAUGCUCGGCACAUCGUUGGUCUAUGUCCUGACCAUCAUCUCCCCCGUUUCAUCGCUCUUGAGCAAGCUCAAGUAUAGGCAAAAGAAAAAGCAGGAGAAGGCCAAGUAAAUAAACCUGUCACGUCUGCCGAGGCAAAUGGUAAGGCUACUGAGGCUAUUCGGGCAAUAUUUUGGGGUACAUAGUACAAAAUAAAGGGCUUGGCUAACUGCCAAUAAAUAUGUACAAAUA